AACCUCAUUCAAAACGUACCCAUGGAAAACUUGGUUCCCGCAGUUGUUCGAGUUUACGAUUAUUACAACCCAGAGUUGUUCGCGACAAAGAACUACACGUUUGAAACGUGGGAACCGACACCUCCGAUUGCCAUCGACCCGAUUUCUAGCACAUCUAGUCCGAUUCCGAUUCCCGUCGUCACAGCACUGCCUAUUCCGCUUCAAGCAGAAAAUAAUGGAUCUGUGCCAAGACUGGUAUCAACAGCGGAAGAUUGCAAACCUAAUCAAAAAUUCGACAGUCAGAAGCAAACGUGCUACGACGACAGUUCGACAACUACGUCGUCCGCACAAAAUGGAACACAGGCGGGAAUUGUGACUUCUACAAUCGUCCCGAAA